AUGAAUCUGGAUCGGUUGAGGGAUUCGAGUGGAACGGGAUCUGCUGAUCAAAAUUCACAUGACGGGGAUGAUGCGAUUGACGAUGAUGGCGUUGACCGACCGAUUGAAGGGAUUGGGGCAACUAAGACGAAUCCCUCGGGGGAGCUAGGUCACAGUCGAGGUGGGAUGAUCGAGCAGGUUCUUGAUCUCGCGCCUGAGCUCGCUCGAUCCUCUUCGGUGGGAAGUCAGGAUUGGGGCGAUGUUCUACCCACUCGGUCAACCGUCGAGAGCGUUACUUCCUUGUUAAAGGCGUGUCGAGCGUUUGGCGUUACCUUUGUGAUUCCGGGUUCCGACCAGCGACCAUGGACGCCUCCUCUCGGUUAUCACUGUGUCUACGAAUCCUUCUUUGGGCGAGAAGCAAAGCUAUGGUUUCCCAUCCCUCGAUUAAUAACUUCAUAUUGUGCCCGGCGGGAUGUGGCUAUGACACAAAUAAUGAUCGGUACGAUAAGGAUUGCGGUCGCUUUGAUGGUGAUGGCGGCUGAGAUAGACGUCUCGAUGCCCGUUCGUACUUUUGAAGAAGUAAUCCAGACGCAGCCCAAACCAAAUGGUUUUCUUGGAAUACAGAUGCGGUCGGGGUUCCACAUCUUGAUGGGUCAUCCGUCGCCGCCGAAACAAUGGCAACGUUUUUACUUCUACGUCAAAGCCGACGAGGCGGCGUUCGAGGAACCACCUAGCGAAGAGUGCCGUGUCUUAUGGAGCGAUCUCGGUCUUCCGCACGCCAUCGGAGCUCGAGAUACCUUUUGGAGAGAUCUCCCGAAGAUCGCGGUGCUCAGGCAGCAGAGUUGGGGAGAUUUCAGUCUUGAUAGAAUCGAGCGUCAGCGGGAACGAAUCGCCAGAGUCGAUUGGAUGUCAAAGGAGCCGUUUGUAGAAGGAAAAGGGAAGAGAUUGCCACUCCCAAUCAUGGGGAAGAUUCCAAAGGCAUAUCUGAACUAUAGUGAGAUUCUCCGUGCUCAACUAAGCGGUGGAAACUUUGGUUCUGUCUCGUCGCUUAAAGAUAAAGAAGCUGAGGCUCAGAUUUCGUCAUCUGGGAAGAUUGGGACCGAUGAGCGUGGCACUGAGUCUCAAGGAUUACCAAUCGAGAAUGCGGACGUCAUGACUAUCGAUCCGUCGGCGAGUGAGUCGGCUGAUCCGACGCUGAGUGCUAGUCCUUUAAAAAGGAAGGAGAAGAAGAAAAAGAGUAAAUCUUCCAAGGAGAUGGUGAUAGACUCUGGUGAUGGGAGGGAUUCAGUUGGUAAGAACACUGCGGCGAUCGAUCAGUCGGCCGAUCGGGAGAAGGAGCCCGAGGAUCUAGCGGAGGAAGGUCAGACCGCUUUGCCUAUCUCAAAAAGAAAAGAGCCGGCCGAUGGUGGCUCUCUGGAUCAUGGCGGGAAGAGAUUGAAGAAGGCGUACGAUAACUCUUCUCGUUCUUCUUCGGAGAUAGCUCUGCCGGCGUCUCGUUUGUUGCCUUGGGGGGGAUUAGGUCCUCCAUCCGAUAGGCUCGCAUUGGCUGUGUCCGAGCGUUGGGCUUUUCGUCAUGACAAAGACGGUCCGUUGGUUGGCGAUCCCAGCGCAUGUGCUGAGUUGGUGCGCCAGAUUCGAGGCGGUACGCAGCUGAUGCCGGAGACUCCUACGCUUGCGUUCCCGGAUAGGUUUGCCGAGUCCGCUCAGGCUGAUGUGGAGGCUAUCUUUCGUAAGAAUCAACUCAUAGCGGAUUAUGAGCUGGUGCUGCGAAAGAUGGCAUCGGAUUUCGCCAGUGCCGAGGCCACGAUCGAAGCCAAAGAGAUGGAGAUCGAGGAACUUAAGCAAGCUGCUCUCGUGAUCGAGGCCAAAGAUGUGGAGAUCGAGAAGCUUAAGCAAGCUGCUCUCGUGAAGUCCAAGGAGAUCGUUGAUGAGCGAACUCGUUUUUAUCGCGAGCGUAAACAAGCGAAACAGACAUCUGACGAUCUCGAAGAAGAGCUGGAGACCGCUCAUAGUAAGGUUGCUGAAUUGAAGGCGGAGGCUGAGGAUCUAAAGAAGACGAUGGAAUUUGCAAAACAGGUGCAUCGUCGCGACCUCGCUUCUCAGACGAGUCGUAUUGCGGCUGCGGCGAACGAAUGCUUCGACAAGUUCAAGAGGUACAUGGUCGAUCGGGAUAGACGCGAGGAGAAACUUAUUCUUCAUAGUGAGGCCUCGGGGACUUUAGGUUCGAUGGAUGUACUGAAAGACUUUGGUACGUCUAUCCCAAAGGAGCUCAUCGACACCUUGACUGCUAAUGAAGCGAAUUUCAGGAGAGAUAUGGAGGAAGUUACCGUCGAGGCUAUCACGGAGCAGGAUUUCAUUCUUCCUCGCUUUAGCGGUCUUGACGUAUCCCCGGGUUUGAACCAAUCUGACAAGGCGAUGGAUGCUUCUUCUUCCGACAAGGUCGUCUGA